CGAAGGGCAAGCACUUUAACGGGCUCCCUCGAUAAAUAUUCCUUUCACAAUAUUUCGUCCUCCGCACGUUAAAUUCUAAUUUCUCUGUUGGAAAAUAAUGGAGAUACGAAAUAUUUUCAAUACUCUAAAUAGCUAUGAAAAAGUAACCUUCCUCGAUUUGUAAACAGUAAAAAAAAAAAUUAUAAAUCAAGUUUUUCGAUUAAGUGUUUUUCUGACAUUUCUCCACUUAUUUACAUUUUGAGUUGUGAAUUAUUAACAGAUACGUGAGUUUUGCAUUUCGGUGAAAAAAAAUCGUCUACCUAAUGUCUUAUACGCUCUGCACUCCGAGCCGCAGCUGUACAGACUCGGCCCUAAUGUCGAACUCUUGCUCAUCGUGUACGAGGAUACGCGUGCCUUUUUCACUCACCCCAUAAAUACCGAUUAUAUUACAUUCAAAAUUUGUAUCGGUGGUCACAAGCUUUGUUCUAAUAUUGCGAUUUUGUUGAAAAUUGUGAAAAAAAAAACAAAUAACUCAACAGCUCGGUGCGCAAUGCUAACAAAAAAUAUGGAACGAAUGGAGGAGUAAUGAAAUAAAAAGCAUAAUAAACGAUAAGUGUGGUCAGCGACCGGAAAUACGUCUCAUAAAAGUCCACGCACAUCAGAGAGCAGGCAAAAAGUUCUUGUGGACCAUUGAGCGAACACUCGCGAGGGAAUCUAGUGCGACUGUGUGGGGCAUUAUUAUUGUUGUCGAUAGGCGGCGCGUCGCUACGGCUGUACGAGCACUGGUCCGUUCAUGUCAUUAGAGGAUUUCUCUUUUCCUUCAUUCGACGCUCGAAAGAAUUUGCGUCGCCUUUUUUCGUACCUUUAACUAUGAGCCCGUAAGGAGCCCCAGUUUUUUCUAUGUGGAGUUGAGAAGUCAACAUAUAUUUAUUUUUUUUAUAUUUUGUGGAUUUUUUCGUUAAUUAUCCAGCAACUCAAUAUGUUGUUCGUCAUUCAAGUAAUCUUCGCCAAAAGUUGUGGAAUACUUCAAUCUUGAUCAUUAGUUGUUAUCGAGACAAGUGUCAAUUCAGACAGUGUCGUGUGCUUAUGUAGCCAAUACAAAAACUUGGCAAUCAAGGAUAAGAGACUGCGAGCUGAUCAAAGAUCCUUCGGAAAUACAAACAAAAUGGAUAUAGUGUGAAGAAACGAACCCGAACGGGCACCGGAGAAUCUCCGGCUCUUUUUUCCAUUUUCACCCGUAGAUUGUGGAAUAUUAUCCCCUGGCGGGAAACUUCCGACAUCUUUGUACACGGACGGAGGCGGGAAGAAGUGUGUACAUAUAUCACGAUUAUACAGCGACAGGAGUAACUGGGCUACCAAUUAAAAACGGAAAGUAACAACAAUGGAACUAUCACCGCAUAAUUUGCUCAUACCAGCAAAAACUGUUGAUAUCACGACAUAUCACUCGACGUUUUACUCACCACCACCCACGGAAGCAUCAAGGUCAGCAUACGAUUCGAGUAGCACCGAAGAUUCCGAGGGUGAAUAUUCAAAUUCGGCGAAUUUUCAUACGAAUAACAUUACGCGAAGUCCAACUUCAACCAUUGCGGCUAACAAUAAUGAGGCCACGGUUAACGCGACGAGCAACAGUGCGCCUCAGGGCAAGCACAUAAAUAAAGGUCGCUGGACCAAGGAAGAGGAUUCUUUACUAAAACAAUUGGUCAGCAAUGCUGAAAAAUUGGGAACAGGACUCAAAUGGGAUGCUGUUGCAGCUCACUUUCCCGAUCGAAGCGACGUUCAGUGUCAACAACGAUGGGCCAAGGUCGUAAACCCGGAGUUGGUCAAAGGGCCAUGGACCAAAGAGGAAGACGAAAAAGUUGUCGAGUUGGUGGAACGUUAUGGCCCAAAAAAGUGGACCCUCAUAGCGAGGCAUCUUAAAGGACGUAUUGGCAAGCAGUGUAGAGAGAGAUGGCACAAUCACCUCAAUCCGGGGAUCAAAAAGACAGCAUGGACCGAGGCCGAAGAUCGAAUAAUUGUCGACGCGCAUAGGCGUGUUGGCAACCAGUGGGCUAAAAUUGCCAAACUUUUGCCAGGGAGGACUGAUAAUGCCAUUAAGAAUCAUUGGAACAGUACAAUGAGGCGAAAAUACGAAGCGGAAGAAGGACGAAGCAUGGGAUCCAGAGGUCGGGAGAGGAGAAAAACUUCGGAUGCAGUGUUAAUGUUGAAGAAAGAAUCUCAUGUUGAUCAGAAUGAAAGUUCGGGUCAGGGGCACCCCGGAUCUUCGGGGUCGAAAAUCACGGUGAAACACGAGGACAGCGGCAUUGGAGUAAGCUCACAAAGUCUCGAGAUUGAUCAGCUGGACUGGUCGAAUGCUUGGGAUCCUCCACAAAAUCAGCAUUAUCAUCAUCAACAUCAUCAACGCCACCAUACUUUUCAGUCACAGCGGCCGAGCCGACAACACGAUACCAACAGUUAUCGGAAUGUUCUUCAUAUGAGUAAUGAAGGCUCCAACAACGAUAAUAGUCAACUAGAUUCACCACCUCCACGGACCAACGAAACCAAGAUUAAAUCAGACGUUUCACCGCUUUCCAAAUAUUUCAAUCUCGAGCUUGCGAAUGGAGCGGAGGGUUCAGGCAGUUCGGAAAUUCGCUUAUUACCAAUGCCGGAUCUCGAAGAGGUUGAUGAUGACGGGGAUCAUGAUGACGAGCAUGAAAAGUCUAGUCCACCACCGAUACUGCGACGUCGUCGUGCGGCUCUUCAUCAGGCGAUAAGUUCUGCAGCUCGUGGUGUUGCAUUGGAAAGUCAAACAGAUUACCUUUUGGGACAUAACAGUCACUCGAGUCAUAAUAACGCAGAACAACAGCCAGAAAAUUCAACACCACCGUCGACACCGAUAAAACAAUUACCGUUCAGCCCGUCGCAGUUUUUAAAUAGUCUGAGUCCAGAAACUUCGUGGCCGCGAGCGAGUACGCCCAAGGGUAGCCCAGGGCCUCUUACCACGCCGCAACCAACCGGUAUGCGAAGAAGUCAGCACGAUGGUAACACACCAAGAACACCGACGCCGUUCAAAAAUGCUCUUGCCGAGUUGGAGCGUCGUAGCGGAGCGACGACCCAAUUGCCAGCGACUCCGAGCCGGCUUGAUGCUCUUACCGAGAUCAUAAAGCAGGAAACCGAUCGAGAGAGCCUCGCCGGUAACAGCAGUAUACUCCAAGACUCGGGAUAUGGCACUGGCAGAAGACGAGGCAAGGAAAAUAGUGCGCCGGGUGGAAAACGAGCAAGAAAAGCUCUAUGUCAAGCUUGGGCCAAUUCUCAUGACAGCUCGGACAUGAGCUUCGCUGUUGAAACUCCGAGUAAGAGUUUGGAUACUUCGGUGUUAUUUUCGCCAGCUUCGAUGGCUCUAGAAGAUAGUUUUCUAACUACGGAAGGACCGAGCCCUUUAAAGACAUCCCACGACUUAACGUCCGUUCAACGGAAGCCCAAUGCCAAAAGGGCGAUCACUUUUGAUGCUUUCGAUAGUCCCUGUAGUCUGACCAGUCCUCUGCUGCUCAAACUCCAGAAACGUUCUAAGUUUCAACUGGAGGCUCAAUGGACGAUGGUUGCAUGUGGACUAACCCAAGAUCAGCUCGAAAUGACAAACGCAGCUCGUCGUUUUCUAACCACAAAUGGUUUUGUACCGUUGCGUCCUCGUUCUCUUCAUUUCUAAAUGGAUUAUAAAACUUUUGUAAUUACCCAUUCGUCAAGAACUUUUCAUAUGGAAAAAUAGGAAGAAUCACGAAAAAAUAUGAAAUGACCAUAAUCUGAUACGAAACUAGUCGGAACACUCGCGGUUAGCGAGAUACUGCGGCGAGUGCGUGUGCGUAUAUAUGUGGAUCGAUAUAAUUUUCUCGCCGUUGUUAAAAAAAUAAUCACAAAAAUAACAUUAUUCUUAAGCGAGCGAAAAAAUUUUAAUUUGAGAAUGAUGAAGCGACAAGAGGUCUGAAAAGCGAAAAAGAGCAAUUAGUCAAGGCUUGUAGAAUGGGAUAUCGUUUUUCAAGUUAUCCUCGUAGACUGAACAGAUGCCAGAUUUUUUUUUUAGUUUUUUUCUUUUAUAUAUACUUUUUCUGCAGACCAAGCCGUCAUUUUUCUCUUUUUUUUAUACUCUUUUUAUGAUACCUGUGGCGAAGGUGGGGCGAAGAAACGAUCGAUCGGAAGCAAAUGAAUCAGAGGAAGUAAACUAUAGCCCGUUUAUUUUAUAGAAUAUCAUAUAUCGUAAUAUAAAACACUAUUUGCGGCCAUUACGUACAAAGAGCCUUUGUAAUUGGUAUUUAACAUAUAAUUUUUCAAUAAUAAAGAUUGCACCAAAAAAAAAACAAGAAUUAACAAAUAAUUAUAAUACUAUAUCAUAAUAAUAUCGUUGAUGAUGAUUUGUGUGGUACGUAGUGGAAACUGCCAGCGUUUGAAGUUUUCCGUGCGUACGUCUUCACCUGUGUGUGUAUUCUUCCCUUCACAUUUUUUUUUGUUACCAAUCAACCCCAAAAGUAGAAGGAUGCUCGUUUCCAAAUAACAUAACGAUAAUAUAACCGAAAUAAUAUCUAAUGAGUAUCCGACCGCACAUCAAUAUCUUCUCGUGCAAAUUCAUAUGCUAACUUGCUUGUCUUUUUCACAUUUUGAUAUUGGUAUUGAAAUUUACAUCAUCAUAUGCCAAUAAAAAUCAAUUGGUUCUGUUAUCCCAAUUUUCGCCGAAUGUUUUUUAUAGAGCUAGUGAAUCUCUACGGGAAAGCAAUGAGACCAAUUUUCGUAAUUCGAAUUUGCCGAAAAAAUGAUCACGCUUACACAAAGGGUUUCUUCGUUUCAACGACAUUAAUUCCAACUUAUUCUUUUUCUGAAUAACAGUUGUCGUACGUAUAGCCACAAUACUGGCAGAUUAAAACAGGAAUGUAUUACGUAUGCUCUAUGAGAAUAUAAAACACCCACAGGA